UUGCCAACCCACUUUGUCUCAAAACAAAAAAGGAACUUCAUCCUACUUCCCUUCCUUGUAUACACUUUAUGCCACUUUCAUCGGUUUCGUGUACACAGACUGGAAGAGCUCUUGACUCUAUCAUGGGAACAGGACAUUUCCAGUUCAGUUUGGUUGUGUUGUGUGGCUUUUGUGCAGUUGGACUCUGUGACCCGGAAGGUUUCUUGAGUCUGGCAUGCGGUGGGACAAGGAGUUACGUUGAUUCUUUGAAUAUUUCUUGGAUCCCUGAUGGUGAAUACAUAACCACGGGACAAACUAUUUCUGUUAGCUAUGUCGACAGCAGCAGCACAUCUCCAACCUCGAACACUUCACUUCGAUUCUUCCCUGAUUCCUCGAAGCGCAAUUGCUACCAGCUACCGCUAAAGAACACUUCCUCCCUCGCCCUCAUCAGGACCCGGUUCAUGUACAAGAACUAUGAUGGGAAGCAGGAGCCGCCAGUGUUUUCCGUUUCCCUUGGGACGGCCAUUGCCAGCACAGUCAAUUUAAGUAGUAAUGAUCCGUGGAUGGAAGAACUCGUGUGGCCUCUGUCCAAGGACUCGAUCUCAUUUUGCUUGCAUAGGAUCCCGAAUGGCGGGUCCCCUGUGAUAUCCACUAUUGAAGUUAGACCACUUCCUGAGGGUGCUUAUAGGAGUGGGCUCGGAGAUUCCCCAAACAAGUCGCUCCGGAAGGCUUAUCGGAUUGACUGCGGACAGACAAACGACUCCCUGAGGUAUCCUUUGGACCCGUAUGACCGUAUAUGGGAUCCUGACAAGAGCUUCUCACCCUUCCAUGUAUCAACAGCCUUCAAGAUCCAAUCGAACUCCAUCCUUUCAGGGACUGCAGAGGAUCUGCCCGCUGCCGUUCUUGCAACAGCAAGAGUUCUAGCUCGAAAAGAUACCUUAACUUAUAGCUUCCUUCUUGACACAUUAGCCGAUUACUACAUCGCCCUCUACUUUGCGGGCAUUCUCCCCAUCUCCCCUUCAUUUGAUAUCUUAAUCAACGGUGACAUUGUCUGGUCAAACUAUACAGUAGAGGUGUCCGGUGCCAGUGCUCUGUAUUUCACUCGGAAAGGACUCGAUAGCCUCAAUGUUACGCUCAGGAGCACAAGCUUUUCCCCUCAAGUGAAUGCAAUCGAAGUGUAUGAGGUUUUGGAUAUUCCUGCAGAAGCUUCCUCAACCACAGUUUCAGCGCUUCAAGUGAUACAGCAAUUUAUCGGUCUCGAUCUUGGGUGGGAAGACGACCCAUGCUCACCGUUCACGUGGGACCAUAUUACCUGUCAUGGAAGCCGAGUAACAUCUCUGGAUCUGUCCAACAUCAUUCUAAGGUCUAUAAAUCCCGCGUUUGGGGACUUGCUCGAUCUUAAGACACUCGACUUGCAUAACACGUCACUUGCUGGAGAGAUCCAGAACUUGGGCAGCCUGCAGAACCUUGAGAGGCUGAACUUGAGUUUUAACGGGCUCGCGUCUUUCGGAGCAGACUGGGAAACAUUAGUUAGCCUGCGAGUCCUGGACCUGCAACACAACAGCUUAAAAGGAAAAGUGCCAGACAGCUUAGGAGAGCUGAAAGACCUUCGCCUGCUGAAUCUUGAAAACAACAUGCUAGAAGGCACCUUACCACAGUCUCUGAACAGAGACAGUCUCAAUGUCCGAACAUCAGGAAACUUAUGCCUCUCCUUUUCUGCAAUAACAUGUGAUGAUUCCAAUGAGGCAGCAUCCAGUCCGGCAAUGCAAGCUCCACAAGUAACUAUUGUUGACAAGAGGAAACACCCAAGAAAUACUCGGUUACCAAUAAUACUCGGAGUUGUCGGAGGAGUCCUACUAGCACUUCUAGUGAUUUCGCUUGUUGCGUUCAUAUAUAAAAGGACUGAAAGAACUGAAAGCGCACUUACAGCAAGGGCAGCAAUGGACAUGAAGAACUGGAAUGCUGCCGCAAAGAUAUUCUCAUACAAGGAGAUCAAGUCUGCAACGAACAACUUCAAGGAAGUCAUCGGCCGAGGAAGUUUUGGAGCCGUUUACCUCGGAAAGCUUCCUGAUGGAAAAUCAGUUGCAGUCAAAGUUCGAUUUGACAAAUCCCAGCUCGGAGCUGAUUCUUUCAUCAACGAGGUACAUCUUCUCUCACAAGUCUGCCAUCAGAACCUCGUUUUUUUUGAAGGGUUCUGUUACGAGUCCCAAAGGCAAAUCCUAGUAUACGAAUACUUACCCGGUGGAUCCUUGGCCGACCACUUAUAUGGUACGAGCAGUAAGAAAUCAGUUUCCCUAAGUUGGGUUCGCAGACUGAAGAUUGCUGUUGAUGCUGCGAAAGGACUGGACUAUCUACACAACGGGAGCGAGCCAAGGAUUAUACACCGGGACAUAAAGUGCGGCAAUAUACUAUUGGAUAAGGACAUGAAUGCAAAAGUCUGUGACUUUGGGCUUUCCAAGCAGAUAACCCGAGAAGAUGCGACUCACGUGACGACUGUUGUCAAGGGCACUGCCGGUUAUCUCGAUCCUGAAUAUUAUUCCACUCAGCAGCUGACGGAGAAAAGCGAUGUUUACAGCUUUGGAGUCGUCCUGCUGGAGCUCAUCUGCGGACGAGAACCGCUUAGUCAUACAGGGACCCCUGACUCCUUCAACUUGGUUUUAUGGGCGAAGCCAUAUCUGCAAGCCGGUGCAUUUGAGAUCGUGGAUGAGAGACUAAACGGAUGUUUCGAUGUGGAAAGCAUGAAAAGGACAGCAAUAGUUGCCGUGAGGUCCGUGGAAAGAGAUGCUUCGCAGAGGCCAACCAUGGCAGAGGUCCUUUCAGAGCUCAAAGAAGCUUACAGCAUUCAGCUUUCUUAUCUUGCGUCUUCAGGACACAUGAACUAGUACAUUCGGAAACACAAGAAGUCGAACCCGAGGACUCCUUCCCCCAAAAAACAUCCUUCUUAUUUUUUUUCCAGUGCUGAGCAUGUAAAAUGGGAUUGUUUAUAUUUAUCAGACACUUCAUAAAUAUAUAUAGUGAGGGAGAUCUGGCAACCUAAAUUAUCAUGGAUACCUUGGUGGACACUACAGCAAUAAGAUCUCAAGAAUUCUGAUC